AUGGACGAAGAAGAGAGACCGAGGAAGCUUGCGAAGCUUGAACAUGACGAUCAAGCUAUCCACGACGAACUCGGCCCUGCAAUGACUGGCGCUGUGGCAGCUGCCGACGAGCCGCCGCAAACCGUUGCGCCAGCGAUCGAUAAUGCACAAUCAGAGCAAUCAGAGCUCCCGAAUGCCGACAAUGCGAUUCCAUUCAGCGACUCUGCACUGCCUGAGACCACCGACGCCGAAAAUGCCCCUCCAAAGCUCUCAAAGAACCAACUCAGGAAACUUAGAAAGAAAGAGCAAUGGGAGGCGGGACGCGAGCAGCGCAAAGAGAAGCGGCGGGAACAAAUGGCAAAGAAAAAGGAGCGCCGGCAACAUAUGGUCGAUGAGGCAAGAGAAACUGGUGGCGAGGAAGCUGUCAAGGCUCUGCGCAAGCAAUGGGAGACGACCCGUUCCAAGUCUCGGCGGUCGACUCUGCUGCCCAUAUCGAUUGUGAUUGAUUGCGGCUACGACGAGUUGAUGAAUCCCCACGAGCGCAUUUCGCUUGCUGGUCAACUCACACGCUCAUACUCGGAGAACACCCGCGCUAUCUGGCGCUCGAACCUGAUGUUCAGCUCGUUCAAUAAGCAACUCAAGGAACGAUUCGACACGGUGCUCGCGCCCCAUCGCAAUUGGAAGGGAAUCCGGAUCAUUCAAGAGGAUUUUGCGCAUGCCUCCGAGCUGGCCCAGGAACAAAUGGCGUCUCCUAAAGGCGGCAAGCUGGUUGGACCUUUCGCCGAAAAGAGCGAUGCUAAGCCGGAAGAUGGCGAGGUCAUCUACCUCAGCAGCGACAGUGAGAAUAUUCUGACAGAGCUGAAGCCUUACAGCACAUAUAUCAUUGGAGGUCUUGUGGACAAGAAUCGACACAAGGCCGUCUGUUACAAGUCAGCCGUUGCGAAGGGAAUUAAGACCGCAAAGCUGCCCAUUGGCGACUACAUCCAGAUGACCUCUCGUCAGGUGCUGACCACCAACCAUGUUGUUGAUAUUAUGUUAAAGUGGCUGGAGCUGGGUGAUUGGGGAGAGGCCUUCAUGAAAGUCCUUCCGCCGAGAAAGGGCGGCAAGUUGAGGGACCAGCAGGGCAAUGAGGCCACGGAAGAGGCUACAGAUGACGAGCAAGAGCAAGAGCAAACUCUUGAGGAUAUUGCAAAUGAAAUGGAAGCUGAACAAGGGGGUGAUUAUGAUGAAGGAGGAGAAGCAUGA